ACCCACAUUCGCCAAUAUUCCAUUCCGUCAGGAACCAAGCUUUGUCUCCCAUGGACACUGAUCCAGCUGCUUGCAUUAAGAACGUCAAGCGUUUGGUCGUUAAGGUCUGUUCAUUUGAGUCUCAAAUGAUAUUUUCGUAAUCUCAUCGUGAAAAUGAUAGAGCAAGGUAAGGGUUGUUUUGUUUCGGGAUCGAAUAUGUGUCAAUAAAUAUAAGAAAAAAUCAAACAGAACAAUUUUGGGAUAAAGAAAAUAUCAUGAAAGCAACCAAGGAAAUGGUGUCGCGUGUCCCUCACUCAGUAAGUUACGGCUUCUAAUAAUAAUGAUAAGAAUGUUUGUCAUGUCGUCUUACGUCUCUCCAUUGGUCUCCAUGUGAAACAUGAACAACAACAUCAUCAUCAUACUAUAUAAUGUCUGCUCCAAACUAUUAGGAAUUUUCCUUUGAAUAAAGUUUCUUUCUUUCUUUCUUUUAUAUAUAUAUAUAUACACUUUUUGAAAACGUUGCUUCAUUCUUCUUCACAAAUCACAACCCCUUUUCUCCCCUCCAUGGAUCCUAUCCGAGCUUUUUUGAUCGAUGUGAAGCGUCUCAUUGUUAAGGUGGGAACAGCCGUGGUGACUCGACACGAUGGAAGAUUAGCAGUGGGGAGGCUUGGGGCUUUAUGUGAACAGCUUAAGGAGCUAAACUCUCAAGGCUAUGAAGUAGUUUUAGUCACUUCAGGUGCUGUUGGUCUUGGUCGUCAAAGGCUUAGAUACAGGAAACUGGUCAAUAGCAGUUUGGCUGACCUUCAAAACCCACAAGUUGAACUUGACGGCAAAGCUUGUGCUGCUGUUGGCCAAAAUAGUUUAAUGGCUCUUUAUGACACCUUGUUUAGCCAGCUUGAUGUUACUUCUUCACAACAUCUUGUAACAGAUAGUGACUUUAGGAAUGAUAGUUUCAGAGAACAACUCUCUGAAACAGUGAAAUCUUUAUUAGCUUUGAAAGUUAUUCCUGUUUUCAAUGAAAAUGAUGCAGUCAGCACUCGUCGAACACCUUACGAGGAUUCUUCUGGUAUAUUCUGGGAUAAUGACAGUCUAGCAGGUCUAUUAGCUAUGGAAGUAAAAGCUGAUCUCCUUGUUUUGUUGAGUGAUGUGGAGGGUCUUUAUAGUGGACCACCUAGUGAUCCGAACUCGAAACUGAUCCAUACAUAUAUAAAAGAAAAACAUCAAGCAGAAAUAACAUUUGGUGACAAGUCCAGGCUAGGUAGAGGAGGUAUGACCGCAAAGGUUGAUGCGGCCGUUUGUGCUGCUUCUUCUGGUAUCCCUGUUGUUAUUACUAGUGGCUAUGCCACUGAUAACAUUAUAAAGCUACUUCAAGGAAAGCCUGUUGGUACCCUAUUUCAUAAAGAUGCACACCUAUGGACUUCGGUUAAUGAAGUUGAUGCCCGUGAAAUGGCGGUUGCAGCACGAGAAUGUUCUAGACGGCUACAAGCAAUGAGCUCUGAAGAUAGGAGGAAACUUUUGCUGGAUGUAGCUGAUGCCCUUGAGGCCAACGAAAGUUUGAUUAUGGCUGAAAACGAAGCUGAUGUUGCUGCUGCCAAGGCUGAUGGAUACGAGAAGGCACUAAUAUCUCGUUUGGCCUUGAAGCCUGGAAAGAUUGCAGGUCUUGCAAAAUCUAUUCGUGUACUUGCCGACAUGGAAGAGCCUAUCAGUCGUAUUGCAAAGAGAACAGAGCUUGCAGAUGGACUCAUCUUGGAGAAAACAUCUUGUCCUCUCGGUGUCCUGCUGAUUGUUUUCGAGUCUCGACCAGAUGCCCUUGUUCAGAUAGCUUCACUAGCCAUUCGAACUGGGAACGGGCUACUUCUUACAGGUGGCAAAGAAGCUAGGCGAUCAAAUGCAAUCCUACACAAGAUCAUUACUUCUGCCAUCCCAGACUGCGUUGGAGACAAACUUAUCGGACUCGUCGCUUCAAGAGAGGAUAUCCCAGAUUUGCUUAAGCUUGAUGAUGUGAUAGAUCUUGUGAUCCCAAGAGGUAGCAAUAGUCUUGUUUCUCAAAUUAAGAAUUCAACAAAAAUUCCUGUUCUUGGUCAUGCCGAUGGAGUUUGUCAUGUUUACAUUGACAAGUCAGCUAACCCGGAUAUGGCCAAAAAAAUUGUUCGGGACGCGAAGGUAGACUACCCAGCAGCAUGUAACACUAUGGAAACACUUCUAGUACACCAGGAUUUGUCAAAUAAUGAUUUGCUCAAGGAGCUUCUUGCGGAACUCCGACGUGAAGGGGUUACUCUUUAUGGUGGACCAAGAGCAAGUUCCUUGUUAAACCUUCCCAGGGCACAAUCAUUACAUCGUGAGUACAGUUCACUGGCGUGCACAGUUGAAUUCGUGGAUGAUGUGGGGGCUGCUAUUGACCAUAUACAUCAGCAUGGAAGUUCUCACACCGACUGUAUUGUCACUGAAGAUCACGAAGUUGCUGAAAUGUUUUUGCACAGAGUAGACAGUGCUGCAGUAUUUCAUAAUGCAAGCACACGGUUUUGUGAUGGAGCACGAUUCGGACUUGGUGCUGAGGUUGGUGUAUGUACAAGCAGGGUUCAUGCCCGAGGUCCAGUCGGAGUUGAAGGAUUGUUAACAACUCGAUGGAUUUUGAGAGGGAGUGGACAGGUAGUGGAUGGUGACAAAGGGGUUACUUACAGUCACAAGGAUCUUCCCCUGCAAACACAAAUAUAAUCGGCUCCCAAAAUUAAGAGAUGGAAGGAAAUGAUUCGUCUUCUUUUCCUUGUUCAUCCUCUCUAUUAGUUUCUGUAUCUUGUAACAUGGUACUGCAGAACUGCUUGUAUGACUGCGCAUUUUGUUUACGGUUUUUGGCCUUAUAGUUAUGUUCCCAGAAACUUUUUUGUCCAGAACAUGCUCGGCACAGAACGCUGUAUGAUUCUCUUGUUAAUGGAAAAACUUUUUAAGAUCACA